AGGGGGAUCAUGUGAGACUUGCUGAGGCAGCAUUUCUUUGUCCUCCAUUGCAUGCUAAAGAGCUAGCCACGGACACAGCGAUGGCCGCUGGAAGACAGAGAGAAGAGGAUGAGUUGUAUCAGAGUCUUGUGAGUGAGUUGCUUGACCCCCGUGACCUCUCCAUCACACCAGAGGAGAGACUCACAAUGAGGAAUAUUCCAUUCUUUCUGCUACCACAACACGAGACAAUCCCACGUACAGACCACAUAGGUGCAAAGGUCAACACUCGGAACACUAGCUACAGUCCAGCCUCUCGAGAUAAGGCCGUGCCAUUGGUUGCCGUGACAACUAGACGUGCUGACUACAGCCACGUCAAGGCUAAGGUAUACAGUGGAGGCAAGCACGGUGAUGACACAGCAACAGGAGCUAACAAGUACACUGAACGUUCAAGACCCCCCAGGACCUACCAUAGCACUCCUUCGCUGCACAAGAGUGGACCCAUCCUACGGUCUCAGAGAAGCCUCUCCACCACACAACUACCGCCCAGACCAACCACUGCCACCAAGUACAAGUCAGUCAAGUCAAGAGUUGGAUCACUAGAUAACAUCUCUCAUACACCAGGAGGCGGUGGCUCUAAGUUAAAAGAAGAGGCAGCUUCUGCAAGCAAGUCUCGAGGCUCCAAAGUUGCAUCCCGUAUUCCAAGACCUCAUUCUACAGUGGAACCGCCCACAACGCUAACAGCCUCUACAGUGCCGAGAUCAAAGAGUACGAAGGAGGUACGAUCAAGGAUUGACACCAGAGACCCCAACCCAGCGCACAAACUGAAACGCAGUCUGGAAGAACUGACAAUAUCACACGGAACAAAGAUCAAUCCACGAUUCGCCGAAACAAAAAAACAUCCAAGUCAGAUUUCAAGACGCUUUAGUUCGAGUGACAUGCGCAGAGUGGAGAGGAUACAACCCAAACACAAGCUACGCAAGAGUGUCACAAUAGGAGCUCUGGAAACAUUUGAUACACCAGCGAAGUUCCUGAGUGAACUAGAGUCACUGUCGGAGCAAAGCCAAGAUAUGGAGGAUGGGACAACUGCUCCAAUGGUGAACAGUGUCAAGAACUGGGUAAUGGAUGAGAAUGGUGUGUCUACUGUACGGCCAUUAUUGAACUGUGUACAAGAAGAUGAUAUUGAAGUCACCAACACGGACACUGACACUACUGUCUUCCUCAAGAACAUUCUGUCUAGAAGCAGUCUCAUUAACUCACCUGACUCCAUACUGGGACAAGAUGUCAGCGUUCAAGAUAUUGAGAUCAGCAAUACAGAUAGUGACACGACAGUCUACCUACAGCAUAUCCUCGCGGGGGGUAAAGGGGAAGUCCCUUCAUUGGACGAUGAGGGGGUGGGCUAUUACGAGGUGGCCCAUGAAGAUGACUCCUUGAUUGCCGCUAGUGCACUGACAUUUCCCCAUGGUAUACCCAGACUGUGCGUGCUUGAUGAGAGGGACGAGCUGCUGGAGGUCAUAGUGGACCCCCCACAUAGCCUCACAUACCCCCAACAUAGCCCCCCACAAUCAACGAACGAACCAAACGAACCUUCCACUAGACUGUGAUAGUUGUGUGUGUGUGUGUUGUGUGUGUGCUAUAUACAACUAUAAAAUUGAAAGGAAGUCA